GCUGUUGUCAAAAUGGCGCUAAAAGUAAAACUUUUUGAGAAACGUGACUGAGAAGGGCACAUCAUUCCUGCAUAUUCCCAUUUUGACAGAGCUGUAGUUCAUCAGUGUUUUUAUAAGAAGUCUCCUUCAAAGAUUCCAUAUUAAACAGCUUCCUGUGCGUCUGCCUGUACAAUGUCAGUAGAGUGUGAGACCUACUGCUGGGGUCACGACCCUACUGCCCUUGAAAAUCUCAGGAAGCGAACUCCAUGCAGGUCAUCACAGAUUGAAACUCUUCUACAGCUCUUUGGUGAUGCGGCUCACUACACUCCCCCAGCUCUGUUUGUGUACGGACAUACGGCCACCGGCAAGUCCUGCAUCAUCAACGGCAUCCUCAGGUCACUGAAGCUUCCCCAUGUUCCUGUGAACUGUGUUGAGUGCUACAGCUCACGCUUCCUGUACGAGCACAUCCUCAACAACCUUCCCUCCACCGACAACAGCACACGUUGUGACAACAUGAACGAUUUUGUUCGUCUUCUGCAGCAGAGGAUACAAGAAUCUCAACUCCACGAUCAGACAGUCUAUAUUGUGCUGGACAAGGCCGAGAGACUGCGGGACAUGGAGGCCAACAUCCUGCCAGCUUUUCUCCGGCUUCAGGAAUUGACUGGCAUGAAUGUGUGUACCAUCAUGCUGAGUGAGAUUGUGUGGGAGAAGUUCAGAUUCGGGACAGGAUUCUCGGAACCCUAUCUCCUUCAUUUUCCUGACUAUAGUAAAAAUGAGCUCCUAGAGAUCAUGAAUCUUGACGCUCCCAGUGACUACCCAGCAGCAUUGUAUGGCAACUACAUCAACCUCAUCAUGUCUGUUUUUCACCUCGUCUGCAGAGACCUCAAGGAGCUACGACACUUGGCAUCGCUCAACUUCACCAAGUACGUUGAGCCGAUUGAAAGCGAAGAGGCGACUGUCAAUGAUUUCCGCAAGCUGUGGAAAAACGUAGAACCUCACUUGAAGAAAGCACUGCAGACAAUCUACCUGAGAGAAAUAUCGAGCUCUCAGUGGGAGAAACUACAGAAAGAACAAGACUCAGCUGCCAUAAACCCAAUUCCAGCGUCGCGAUCACAUGUGGAGCUUCCCUACUACUCCAAGUACCUGCUGAUCGCAGCGUACCUCGCCUCGUACAACCCUGUCAAGUCAGACCGCAGGUUCUUUGUCAAGCAUACAGCCAAGAGUAGGACAAAACCACAGAGGGCCAAGGCCAAGAAGCAGGAGAGAGCAAGCAACCACCUUCUGGGCCCCAAACCUUUCCCUCUCGACCGACUCCUGGCAAUAUUCUACUCCAUCGUGGAAGGGAAGGUGGCCCCGACAGCCAUCAUCUACUCCCAGAUUACCUCCCUUGUCAGCCUUCACCUCCUUGGCCCAGCAGCAGGAGAGGACCAGAUUGACAUGCCCCGAUACAAGUGUCUGGUCUCACUGGACUUCAUCAAGUCUGUUUCUAGGACAGUCAGCUUCGAGGUGACGCGAUAUCUUUAUGAUUUUGCUUGAAAAUGGAAGACAAUGGUACUUGCUGUCUGUCAUGAUAUGUGGAAAUACUUGACAGAUGAAAACAGAUGAAGAGAGAAUGGGAAAGAAGUUCCUGACUUAUUGCAAGAAUGUUUUUGGCAUGAACUGUCACAUUCGUAAAAGAUGUAGUUGGGAGUACUGUGGAAGUCUCUUGUCCAGGCUCUGCAGUAUGUGAUCCACUUCCAAGGGAAGAAAAGCUAGUCUUUCAAUUUUUCUGAAACGCCAUUUUGUGUUUGCAUUCUGUGAAUAUAUGAGAAUAAAAUAUGUUUGUAUA